CCCUGCCGUUUUAUCUCAAAAGGGGGGGUCACGGGAUUUCAUCGUUCUGGCGAUUUUGCCCUAAUUUUCCGUCAAACCCUAGCUGUCUUCAUCAAUCGGAUCAAAAUCACAAAAAAUCUCCAAUCGAUGACCUUCAUAAAGCCGAUUCACAAGAUCAACUGCUGAAAUCCGAUAUUCGUUUCGUGUUUUAAACGAUUUAUGCUUCAUACUUACAGAUUUUCAACUAUUCGAACCAAAAUCGCACUAUCGGUCGUAGAUCUGUGAAAUUGGAACCGAAUCUGUCACUGUUUUCGAAGAUUCAAGCGUCGGAAGAGGUUUUUGCGGCAAGCAGAAGAGUUAGGGCUCGUUAAUUUCUUCAGUUUUUGUUGUUAUUGAAAGUUAAAAGUUCGUGUAGCGUGUUAUUCGAAGAAUCUACGCAGAUUGAUCGAGAUUUUGAACGGAUGAACGGAUUCAGAGCGUGAAGAUGUUUCGAGGAGCUAAUUGAAGUUGUUUAUAGUCGGUUUGAUCUUUUUCAGAGUUAUUGAAGAGUGGAAAAACGAAAAAAAAAAUAGAAAAAGGAAUUUAUAUUGAUUGUUUGUAUUUUUAUUUUAUGUUUUUUUUUUUUGGUGUUGAUUAAGGCGAUUGAUAUUUUUGGUUUAUAUUGACGCCUUUAUUGAUACUGUUUUGUUCUUGUUUAUUGAUUUUUGAGGGAAAAGAAAAAGGAAUUUGAUAAUAUUAAGUUAUGGCAGUAUAUUAUAAGUUUAAAAGUGCUAAAGAUUAUGACUCGAUUUCAAUCGAUGGCCAUUUUAUAACAGUUGCCUCUUUGAAAGAAAAAAUAUAUGAAUCUAAGCAGUUGGGCAGGGGUACUGAUUAUGAUCUUGUCGUCACCAAUGCCCAGACUAAUGAAGAAUAUCUUGAUGAAGACAUGUUGAUUCCAAAAAACACUUCUGUUUUAAUACGUCGAAUUCCUGGGCAGCCUCGCAAGCCUAUAGUUGCAGCGCCAGUUACUGACCAGCCCGAGCCGAAAGGGGCUAACGAGAUGGAUAAUGCCCAACAGGCUAAGAGUAACUUUUCAGGAGCUGGUCUCUCUGUAACCAAUUACCUUGAUGGUUCAGAAUACGAUGAAUUCGGAAGUGAUUUGUAUGAAAUUCCAGAAGUUGUUCCUGUUAUUUUUAAUAACAAUCAACUUACCGACGCCCCUGCUCCUAGUAAAGCUGACGAGGACAGCAAAAUUCAGGCGUUAAUUGAUACACCAGCCUUGGAUUGGCAACAGCAAAAUUUUGAUGGGUUUGGUGGUGGUAGGGGCUUUGGGCGUGGAAUGGGCGGUAGAAUGGGUGCACGUGGUUUUGGUCGGGGAGGCGGCGGCUUUGAGAGAAAAACACCACCUCCAGGCUAUGUAUGCCACAGAUGCAAAACACCAGGUCACUUUAUUCAGCAUUGCCCUACCAAUGGUGAUCCUAAUUUCGAUAUCAAGAGAGUGAAACCUCCAACUGGCAUUCCAAAAUCUAUGCUAAUGGCUACCCCAGAUGGUUCGUACGCCUUACCCAGUGGCGCAGUUGCAGUUUUGAAGCCAAACGAGGCUGCUUUUGAGAAAGAGAUUGAAGGCAUGCCGUCUACGCGUACUGUUGGUGAUCUCCCCCCGGAACUUCACUGCCCUUUAUGCGCACAAGUGAUGAAAGAUGCUGUUUUAACGAGCAAAUGCUGUUUCAAGAGUUUCUGUGAUAAAUGUAUACGUGAUCACAUUAUUGACAAAUCAGCCUGUGUCUGUGGUGCAACUAACGUGCUAGCAGACGAUCUUUUGCCCAAUAAGACACUACGCGAUACGAUAAAUCGAAUCUUGGAGUCAAAUAAUAGCAGCGGUGAAAAUGGUGGCAGUGCUUAUCAUGUUCAAGAUAUGGAGUCUGCUAAAUGUGCACCGCCACCGCAACCUAAGAUUCCGUCCCCUGCACCGUCUGCAGCCUCUAAGGGGGAGCAGCCGCCACCACAGGACGAAGGUGAUACAAAGAUGCAACUGGGGCCCAUGGAACAUGAUGCAGCUCCUGUAACUCAACAGACAGUAUCGGAGAAAGGAAAAGUCAAUAAAGCCCCUGAUGUAUCUGAAGCUACGUAUGAGUCGAAGAGUAUGAUGGAACCAGCAUCGCAGGGAAGUGCUCGGCCCAUUGAUGAUGAAGUACAGCAGAAGCAAGCUCCUACCGAAGCAGUGAAGAAGAAGAAAAAGAAGAAAGUCAACAUGCCUAUGAAUGCAGAGAUGCAGUGGAGGGCCUCACAGGAGUACGCCCCCGAGAACUAUAUGAUGCCUCCAGGCCCUAACCCUUACAAUCCGUAUUGGAAUGGGAUGCAGCCGGGAAUGGAUGCGUUUAUGGGCCCGUACGGUGGUGGCAUGCCUUAUAUGGGUGGUUAUGGGCUUGGGCCCAUGGACGUUCCUUUUGGAGGCAUGUUUCCCCAAGAUCCGUUUGGUGUACCCGUUGGGCCCAUGAUGCCUCCUUUUAUCCCACCUCAGAGGGACCUUGCUGAGCUGGGUAUGGGCAUGAAUUGUGGUGGACCCCCCAUUAUGAGUCGCGAUGAGUUUGAAGCACGGAGAGCUGAGUUAAAGCGGAAGCGGGAUUUUGAGAAACGCGGUGGAUCCGGAAGCAGCAGAGAAUUACCGAAAGAGAGGGAAUUCAGUCGAGAGGCACGCGGUAACGAUGAUGGUCCUCCAAUGAAGUCAAAAAAUAGACCGUUUCCGCCGCCAAGCAGUGACGGUCACCGCCACAGAUCCGAGAGACCGUCGCCGGACCGCCGUCGUUCCCGUGACGACGGCUACGAUGCUCCUCCACACCCAUCCACAAAGAGGAAAUCUUCUAGUGAUCGAUAUGAUUAUGACGACUAUGAUGACUCACACCACCACCACCACCGUUCACAGCAGCACAAGAGUCACCGCCAGUCGGAAUCAUCGUCUACUAGAAAACAAACCCAAGCUCCGCCAAUCUCAGAUUCCAAACCAGUUGCGGCAGCAGAGGCAACUGCAACCAGUGGCGGUGAUCGGAAACAUAAGCCAAGUGUCUUUUCUCGCAUCAGUUUCCCUGAGGAAGAAGCGGCGGCGGCAGCCGCUGCAGCAGCUUCUAAGAAACGCAAACUCACAUCAAGUUCGUCGGAAGCAGUGUCUGUAGGAUCUGCGGCGGUGUCUAGGAAAAGCAGCACUAACACUGCAGCUGCUGCCGCCAGCGUAGAUUAUGAAUCUAGUGAUGAUGACCGGCAUUUCAAGAGGAGACCCUCGAGAUAUGAGUCGUCUCCGGUAAGGGAGCGGGGCCGUGACCGAGAUCGUGAACGUGAUCGAGAGCACUACAGCAAGCACAGAUAGCUGAAAUUGAGCAGUCGUGCAAGAUGAUCUCCCUUUUCGCCCGUUGAGAAUCCAAACACGUUUAUGUGGUGGUGUUUUUUUUUUGUUUUUGUUCUGUUAUGUAUCUCACCGUAACCUUUGAUUUGAUGAAAAUAAGUAAAAUAUUUGAGUUUUGCAAUUUGCA